GCGCGCGUGCAACUCCACUCCGGGGCUUUGUGCGAGCCCGGGCGAUAGCAUCGGCGGCGGCUGGAGGAGGAGGAGGAGGAGGAGGAGGAGCGGCCGGAGACGGCGUGCCAAGCCCGCCCGGCAGCCGGGGCAGGUGGGAAGCCCGCGCGGGAGCGGAGCCGCCGCGAGCCGGAGCCUCCGCAGCCGAGUCCGAGCGGAGCCCGGGGCGGAGCCCAGGAGGAACCUCAGCUCCCGGGCUGGCCCCCGUGGGCGGCGGGCGAGGCGGGGCGGGCGCCGGCGGGGCGGCCCCCCAGUAAGAUGUGCGCGGCGCCGCGGGGCGCCCCCCACUCGCAGAGGCGCUCGGGAGCCGGGCGGCUGGGCCAGGCGGCGCCUCGGGGGCUGCUGCGCGCCCGCGCCUAGAGCUGCCGCCCCAGGGAGCCCGCCACGGCCGCGCCCCGGGCACGCUCGGUGGCGCCCAACGAUGACCGCUCCCUGGCGGCGCCUCCGGAGUCUGGUUUGGGAAUACUGGGCCGGGCUCCUCGUGUGCGCCUUCUGGAUCCCAGACUCGCGCGGGAUGCCCCACGUCAUCCGGAUCGGAGGAAUCUUUGAGUAUGCAGACGGCCCCAACGCCCAGGUCAUGAACGCCGAGGAGCACGCCUUUCGAUUUUCUGCCAACAUCAUCAACCGGAACAGGACUCUGCUGCCCAACACGACUCUGACCUAUGACAUCCAGAGGAUUCACUUCCAUGACAGCUUUGAGGCCACCAAGAAGGCCUGUGACCAGUUGGCGCUGGGCGUAGUAGCCAUCUUUGGGCCAUCCCAGGGCUCCUGCACCAAUGCUGUCCAGUCCAUCUGCAACGCCUUGGAGGUGCCCCACAUCCAACUGCGCUGGAAGCACCACCCCCUGGACAACAAGGACACCUUCUACGUGAACCUCUACCCUGACUACGCCUCCCUCAGCCACGCCAUCCUCGAUUUGGUCCAGUCCCUCAAGUGGCGGUCAGCCACGGUGGUCUAUGAUGAUAGUACAGGUCUCAUCCGGCUGCAGGAACUCAUCAUGGCCCCCUCCAGGUACAACAUCCGCCUGAAGAUUCGCCAGCUCCCCAUCGACUCGGAUGACUCGAGGCCCUUGCUCAAGGAGAUGAAGCGGGGCCGGGAGUUCCGCAUCAUCUUCGACUGCAGCCACACCAUGGCAGCCCAGAUCCUCAAGCAGGCCAUGGCCAUGGGCAUGAUGACGGAAUACUACCACUUUAUCUUCACCACUCUGGAUCUCUAUGCACUAGACCUGGAGCCCUACCGCUACUCGGGGGUGAACCUGACUGGGUUCCGCAUACUAAACGUGGACAAUCCCCACGUCUCAGCCAUUGUGGAGAAGUGGUCCAUGGAACGGCUACAGGCAGCUCCCCGGGCAGAGUCAGGCCUGUUGGAUGGAGUGAUGAUGACGGAUGCAGCCCUGCUCUACGACGCCGUCCACAUCGUGUCCGUGUGCUACCAGCGAGCGCCGCAGAUGACCGUGAACUCCCUGCAGUGCCACCGGCACAAGGCCUGGCGUUUUGGCGGCCGCUUCAUGAACUUCAUCAAGGAGGCUCAAUGGGAAGGAUUAACGGGGCGGAUUGUUUUCAACAAAACCAGUGGCUUGCGGACUGAUUUUGAUCUGGACAUCAUCAGCCUGAAGGAGGAUGGCUUGGAGAAGGUUGGGGUGUGGAGUCCAGCGGAUGGUCUCAACAUCACUGAGGUUGCCAAAGGCCGAGGUCCUAAUGUCACUGACUCUCUGACCAACAGGUCAUUGAUAGUCACCACUGUGCUGGAGGAGCCUUUUGUCAUGUUCCGAAAAUCUGAUAGGACCCUUUAUGGCAACGACCGGUUUGAGGGCUACUGCAUCGACUUGCUCAAGGAGCUGGCGCACAUCCUGGGCUUCUCCUAUGAGAUCCGGCUGGUGGAAGAUGGCAAGUACGGGGCACAGGACGACAAGGGCCAGUGGAACGGCAUGGUCAAGGAGCUCAUUGACCACAAAGCAGAUCUGGCUGUGGCUCCCCUGACCAUCACUCACGUCCGAGAGAAGGCCAUCGACUUCUCUAAGCCUUUUAUGACCCUCGGAGUGAGCAUCUUAUAUCGCAAGCCCAAUGGCACCAACCCCAGUGUCUUCUCCUUCCUCAACCCACUUUCUCCAGACAUCUGGAUGUACGUGCUGCUCGCCUACCUGGGUGUCAGCUGUGUCCUCUUUGUCAUUGCCAGAUUCAGCCCUUACGAGUGGUAUGAUGCCCACCCCUGCAACCCCGGCUCCGAGGUGGUGGAGAAUAACUUCACGCUGCUCAACAGCUUCUGGUUUGGAAUGGGCUCCCUGAUGCAACAAGGAUCUGAACUGAUGCCUAAAGCUCUGUCUACCCGGAUCAUUGGCGGCAUCUGGUGGUUCUUCACACUCAUCAUCAUCUCCUCCUACACGGCCAACCUGGCUGCCUUCCUGACCGUGGAGCGCAUGGAGUCUCCCAUCGACUCCGCUGAUGACCUGGCCAAGCAGACCAAGAUAGAGUAUGGUGCUGUCAAGGAUGGGGCCACCAUGACCUUCUUCAAGAAAUCCAAGAUCUCUACCUUUGAGAAGAUGUGGGCCUUCAUGAGCAGCAAGCCCUCGGCGCUGGUGAAGAACAACGAGGAGGGCAUCCAGCGGACGCUCACAGCCGACUACGCUCUGCUCAUGGAGUCCACCACCAUAGAGUACAUUACACAAAGGAACUGCAACCUCACCCAGAUCGGGGGCCUCAUCGACUCCAAGGGCUAUGGCAUCGGCACGCCCAUGGGCUCCCCCUACCGGGACAAAAUCACCAUCGCCAUUCUACAGCUGCAGGAGGAAGACAAGCUGCACAUCAUGAAGGAGAAGUGGUGGCGAGGCAGCGGGUGCCCCGAGGAGGAGAACAAGGAGGCCAGCGCCCUGGGCAUCCAGAAGAUCGGUGGCAUCUUCAUCGUCCUGGCCGCUGGCUUAGUACUGUCUGUGUUGGUGGCAGUGGGCGAAUUUAUAUACAAACUCCGCAAGACAGCGGAGCGGGAGCAGCGCUCCUUCUGCAGCACAGUGGCUGAUGAGAUCCGCUUCUCCCUCACCUGCCAACGCCGUCUCAAGCACAAGCCACAGCCUCCUAUGAUGGUCAAGACGGAUGCGGUCAUCAACAUGCACACCUUUAACGACCGAAGGCUCCCAGGCAAGGACAGCAUGAGCUGCAGCACCUCGCUCGCCCCUGUCUUCCCCUAGACAUGGGUACAGCGAGGACUUCAGGCCCAGUCCACGCAGAGGAAGGCAAAGGAGACCCGAAGGGACAUCCUCAUCUCAUGCUGGCCUUGGGGGUGGAGCUGCUGUCCGCAUCCAGCCGUGAACCCUCAGCUCUUACCUACCAGGAAACCCGUGGGCCCCGGGACCAGCUGCUUGGGCUUCAUCUCCUCUUGUCUUUUCUAUGGCUUUCUGAAGCUGUGAAGGCCAGCGGAAGCACAUGCCUCUCAGGCUCCACCCACCACCCCUCUCUUCUCCAUAGCCGGGUAUUUCUGCCAUGGCUCUGCACAGGCCUCAGAACACAGGAGAUGGUUCUUAUACCCCCCUCCUUUCCCUCAAGCCCAGGACUUCUAGCACGCAGCUUCAAGAGCAGAGACUCCAACUUUGAACCCUUUAAGGAUGUUCUAACGAGGCUGCCAGAGUGAGCCCAAAGGCAGCCAUCCCUACGUGGACAGAAGCAAAGCUUCAGCCCUUAAGAGCUAUUUACCUGGGUCUGGUCUUCUCAACUUGGCUUCGCCCACAGCAGCAGCAGUCCCCUGGCGACAUGAAAAGCAGUGUGGAUAGGAGGGGUAAGGACAGCGUGGGAGAGAACGCACAGACGGAGGCUGCAGUCUCAGAUGCUUGAGGUCAGUGUCCCAAGAGGUCAGUGUCCCAAGACGCCAGUGUGCAGAAAGUCUCCAGGAAUGUGAAUGAGGUAGCAACCACAGAAAAUUCUUCUCCACUUCUGCACAAAGAAGGCCCCCCUCCCUCACAAGGAACGUCCAAAGACUCAAUUGACAUUGGAAGGCCAGCGGAAGAACUACAGAUUCUAUCAAAAUCCAACAGGCCCUUGAACCAGAAGACCACCUUUGCUGGUAAAUAAGCCAGCAUUCAGGACCCUGGGUUCUCCACCCUCUUCUCUUUGGCAAUUGAUUCCCUGUCCCUGACCGUUUGAAUUUGACCUCCCUCUGCCAUCCUGAAAAGAGAAAAGCAGCCUCAACUGAAGUACGAGUCAAGUCAUACCUCCUCAAAAGAGGGGUUGGUGUCCCCGUGCACAGACUAACUUUGGGGUAGAUGGGAGAAGCCAGGCGGGACCCAAAGAACCAUCUAGAGAAAGAAAGCUUUCAGGGGUGGGAUAUGAGACCUCUGGAGGCCCCCCUAAGAUAGGGAGGGAGAAGCUGCCUCCUGGAAAAUUAACCAAAGACCCAACACAGAGACACAAGGCCACCCUGGCCCCUGGUCUCUUAUCUGGAGCAGCUAUGGUCUUAGGGCACUGGCAGGGAGGAACCCUAGAGGAGAAACCAGGGAGGAGACAGUGAAGGGGUUGUGAGCAGAUGGCCUGUGGUUCCAUCUCUGGAUAUUUAAAGUCAUAGGGAAGAUUCAGAUGUGAGGGGUUAGGCAAAAAGUGUCCUUACAGAGAGUGUGACAGGGCCAUGAGGGCCCUCGCAGCUAAGGGUGGAAGCCAGUCUCCGAGCAGGGACCAGGAUAGGCGAUAUGGGUUGAGAACUGAGAACUGGGGACACCAGUCAUCCACACUCCCUCACUUUAUCCUGGUGCUGCUGGGGGUGGGCGAGCUUGGAAGAGCUACAUCCAGAUCCCAAGUCCUCUCAGCAGAGGUGAAGGAACCCCUUCAGCCAAGCUGUCCCCUCCCCCGAUGGGCACAUAUGACUAAUCCCAUCAUGCUGGUUCUCAGGAGCUCUGUCUGUCUGUCUGCACUGAAGGAAGUAAAAGAGGGAUGACCCACAGCCAAGGCCAGUGCAUGCAAUGAUAGGAAAAGCCAUGCUGGCAGGAGGGGGGAGCAUGCUAUGUCUGUGUGUUUGACUUUGUGUGUGUGAGUUUUGGAGGCUGGAUUAAGGACAGACGUGGGUAUAUAAGAUAGUCAAGAGCAGGCAAUAAUAAGGGCCUCCUUUGGGCCCUUGGUGGUGGUGGUGGUGGUGGUGUGUGUGUGUGUGUGUGUGUGUGUGUGUGUGUGUGUGUGAAAUGAGUGAAAUGGAGAGGAAGGAGCUCAAUCAGGACCAGCAACAGAGCCUCAUCUAUGUAAAAACAGGAGAAGCCAUGUUGAGAUGGGGUUCUGGUGAGUACAUGUAUGGAUGCAAGCGUGUGUCCGUGUGCGUGCAUGUGUGUGUGUGUGUGUGUGUGUGUGUGUGUGUGUAAUGAAUAGCAGAGGAUGGGAUACAGAGCAGGAUACAACCUGCAGCAUAGCCAAAUACUUAAAAGGAGAAGCCAUGUCAUCAGAGGUCCUUGUGUGUGCGCGAGCGCACACACGGAUAUGCAGGCUUGUGUGCCCUGGAGGCAGCAGAGGAGGGUGAACCAGAUUGCUGUGCCCCAUGGAGGAUGCGUGCUGUGCAUGAGGAGUGGUGAAAAUGGACUGUGAGUGAGUGUGUGUGAGAGAGGACAGGAAAGAGAAAGAGUGAGUAUAUAUGUGUGUGCUGAGAGUGUACUCACACCCAUGUAUGUGCAGACGUGUCUCUGAGUUCCGGUUCGCAUCCUGAGUUGAAGCAGCAGGGCAAUCAGGGAGGCAGGAUAGCAGGGUUUGUUUGCACGCCUGUUCUGGGAGGGAUGCUUUGCCACAGCUUCCCUGAGGCUCCGUGGGACGACGCGCAGAGACACAGCCUCCGAGGCUCACAACUGGUGGUGCCUUCUCCUCUGCUGUUCACAGAGUGUCCUGUGGGGAGGGGAAAACAUUCCUUUUCUUUCUUUCUUUUCCUUUUUUAUUUUUAUUUUUUUUUUAAAUUAACCCUGCUGACAGGAUUCGAGUGAAACCAUUCUCCAAUCUGUUCUCAUCCACUGUAGUCAGUAACCGCUGUCUUAUGUUGUCUGGUACCGUUUUCUAACACACACCCACAUCCGUGCUCAUAUCACACAUGUGCUUUUGUGCAUGACACUGCAGGCGUGUCAUGUUCUUCUGAGGCUAUGCACAUAUGUAGACUGUGAUGGGAGAAGGAACGGGACAUGGUUAGUGGGAAGGACGUUUCUCAAGGUAAUGAACGGCUGGGUGAAGGCGCCGGGAUGGUUUAUAGACUCAUUCGAGGCAGAGGGCUGGCCCUGCUGGAGGAUCUCCCUUCCACUCGAGCCUGAUGUUCAGAGGUGUGGCUAAUGCUGGCCCUCUUGCUGAAGUCCUGUGUUUGUCCUAGAGACUGGCCCAGUGCUAAGCACCCUGGAGGCCAUCCUUCCCGGCUGAGCUGUGUCUUUCCCGGGGUAGGGAAAGGCCUAAAGAGGGAGGCAGCUCAUCCAAGUGGAAACCUGUCCUAGUUCCCUGAGGGGUGCGCAGAGCUGGGGCCGGAGCACGCAGAGGCACUGAGGGGCAAUGGGAAUCGCAAAGGCUGGUUUGGAUGGAGUAGAUGAGGCAUACCUGAGCAGGUGCCUGGCUGGCUGGCUCUGUCUGACCUAUGUGCCAGCCUCUGAGGGAAGAGCACCUCACGCCAUCAUGUCUGGGUCUAAGCUCCACCUGCAUAUAACCAGCUCAAAGGAAGGGCAGCACCCACCCUGUCCAGGCUCUAGGGGCUGUUGUCAUGGUCUCCUUCUGCCUCUACCCUGGCCUGCAUGUGGGUUCUCUGCUGUGGACAGAUGCUAAAAGCUGAGCACUCUGGGUGCUCAGGUGGCUCUCAUCUGCAGAUGUCUUACAAGAGGGAACAUGUGGUAUUGGCGGGCAAGUUGGGCUAAGAAUCGCUGAGGUAGGAGACGCCCUCCUCAGCCUGGACUGUGGCUCAGCUGGAAGAGCAUUUUCUGGGUCCUUGUAGCAUGCAAUGGGGGAGGAGCUAACAGAUGAAACAUCUCCAUGAGAGAGCAGAAGUCAGACGAGACCCCCAUUCACUAAGAACCGUCUGUCCCUUCAGACCCACCUUCUUCUGUGGUCCAGGAAGAGCUAAAGGUGGGGUGCAGCUACUGCUGCUUCAUGCCACACGAGGUCAUGCCACACACACACACACACACACACACACACACCCCAGAGCCAUUCCCUACUGCAGGCACCAGCAUCUGAGCAGGACAAACUCCACGCUCCACCUCUGGAAUCGUUCUGCGUGGAUGCCCAUUCGGAAGGGCCCUCAUGUCAUGGACAAACAACCGCAUGGAGUUAACAUCUGGGACCCACCCAGCCCAGUGGACAGAUUUGAGAAUUGGGCCCAAUCCUGGGGGCAGAUCUCUGAGUAAGAUAUACCUGGACGUCCCAGGUUGUUGAGGGGCGGGGUGCACAUCUGGGAUUGAGCUAGCCACUUGCCCCAGUGGAAGGGGCCUUGCCCUCUGCCUCCAUGUCCUGGAGUUGAAAUUUUAGAGCUGAGGUAUACGUGAAGUCACAGAACUGUUUUUAGGUAGAAGGCGACUGUUCUGUACAAUAUAUAUAUGAAUGUAAAAAAUAUAUAUGCUUAUAUAUAUGCGCAGUGUAUAUAUGACCCACAACCCCUGUGUAUACAACUCUUCCCUGCACGUCUGCACACAAAGCGUACAGAACCCAGCCAGUAUGGGUGAGGACCCAGUGAGAGAUGAGGGCGGCAGCAGAAGGGUCAGGUUUGCACAGCCCUCUGGAACAAGCCAGGUCUUGCCAGCGUCAGUGCUACGGACCAUAGCAAAAAGGGUAGAAUAAUGUGGAGCUGACAGGUGAACCGGGGAGGAGACAGCCCUGGGUGAGAGUCUGCGCAUGGGAGUUUAGGCCCUGCUGGUCCUUGAUCUCCGAACCAACAUCACAGUCUGGUCCCCGCAUCUAGUGCUGGGGAGGAGAGUGAGGAAAGCAGAGACACUUCCCUGGGCCUACAGAAUGGCUUGGAAGAUGUCAAGCUGCAUCAGAAGCAUCAGACAUCAGAGGACCUUGGGUGGCAAAGGCCUCACGAACGCAAGAUGCCCACAGCUCAUGGCUAGAGCGAGGCUCUUUUGAAGAGAAAGGCCCCCUGAAGUCACUGCUGACAUGCUCGUUCAAGAUCCCAAUAACCUAGUUAUGAAUCUAGCUCUUGUUCCCCUGCCUUCUAGAACAGAGGCAGUCCAAUCACCCGUAGCUGUCUGUUUUACUAUUAAAGACCAAAACUCCGAGGCCUCCCAGUAAAAGGAGGAGCCAUAGAGUCAGAUGCUAGCCAAGAGUCUGCCCAGUUCAUUCUGACCCGGGCAUAAGAGUGAGGGAGCUAUCAAGGAACCAGAGAGAUGGGAGAUGAGAGAUUCAAGAAGGCAGCACCCAGCCUUUCACAGCCCCUUAGUGUCUGCCAGUCCUUCUCUCUGUUGCCUCUUCCUCAACAGGGCAGCUGCUAGGGAGCCCCUGAUAGCUAGGUUCACAGACCUCUGUCCCUGCUGUACUUGGAUCUGUCUGUUGCCAGCAAUUUGAGGCCUUCAGCCCCUUCCUGGGUCCAAGCAUCUAUAGAGUGUGCUGGGGAGAGGAGACUGGGCUUUGCUUUUGUGUGGUCUGCAGCCUGCCCUUUGCUUUAGCCACAGCCCUCAGGCCAUCUGCACUUAAAGGCCAGGCCCACUCCUGCAGCCAUGGCCAAGCGCAUCUAAAUCCAGCCGCCGCCGAGGAGGGUCCUGUCCUGGCUCCACAGAGACCAGAGGCUCCAAGAGCCCUCACGCCACUGUGCUCUGAAACCCCAGCCCCUACCUGCCUGGGCUGACUUCCUGGCUGGGCCUCGGUGGUGGGGACCUCAGCUCCCUGCUCUUGGGCUGAGCCCCCAGACAGCACCAUGGGACUCCAAGAGCCAUGGCCUGUCCCACUACCCAGACCAGAGUGCCUGGACGCUCUCCCCCUUCCCACUCAGCAAGGUUCCCACACACUGGUCUCUGGGCCAUUCAGGGGGUGCCCUUUGUGGACAUGCAGAAUUUCUAUGAAUAUAGUUUUUUGUAAACAUUUUGUAACAAUUUGGGUUUCAUAGUAACUGUGUUACUUGCCAAUCAUUCUAAGCAGAUGUAAAUAAAUUUCCAAACAAAUCUGAUUAUUUUCCUUUUUAAGACACUGUGAUAUAUCAAAGUGCACAGUUUGCUGUAUGAAGUAAUAUGGUUUUAAAUUUUAAAUAAAUGUUUUUAGAAAAUGGG